UUAUUGAUAUAGGGUUAGGAUCACUUCUUGACAUUAGUUUACCUCAACUUGAUCAAAAGUUCUGUAACUGGUUAUUGGGAAGUUUUGAAGAAAAUAGCCAGUAUUUUGAACUACCAAAGAAUGAAAAAAUAGAAAUUGAGGUAGAGGAUGUUAGGGUAGUUUAUGGCUUGCCUACAGGAGAAAUUCCAAUUGUUGAGCCAAAGUCUGAUAAAAUUAGUGAGGAGUAUGCAGAAUUUCUGAAGAAAUGGAGAAAAUCAUGGUCAGGAAAAACUCCAUCAGUGAGUCAGAUUGUGAAUGGAUACAUAAAUGAUAAAUUCACCAACAACAGACCACCAAGUGAACAUUUCAUUACUAACUUUUUAGCAGUGGCUGUGAACUGCUUGAUGAAAUGUGUAUCAAACAAUCAAUGCCAUUUCAAAUUUCUUUAUUCUAUGAUGGACAAAGAAAAACAUAAAAAAUUUGAACUGGUGUCAGUUUGUAUAUGACUCACUUAUCAAAUGUCAUGUUGAUUGGAGAAAGCAGCAAGGCAAGGGGUUCUACAAAGGCCCUCUUCAAUUUCUGAUGUUGUUCUAUUUUGAUAGAGUUCAGAGGUUAGACAAAAGGCCUCCAAGAACAAUUCCUAUCAUAUCUGCAUGGAAUAGAGACAUGGUUCUUGAGAGGUUGAAGAUUGAAUUAGAAUUGGGAUUUGGGAGAGGGAAAAUUCUACCAAGGAUUGCUGCAGAAGUUGAAGAAAGUCCUAAGGUUAUAAAAUGAUCACUUUUGUUAACAUAAAUGUUCAUUUGUAUAAUCUGAAAUGUUCAACUGCAUAAUUUUUAAUAUUCAUUCAUAUAGGUUUUUAUGGAUGAUUUUGUUUCCCUGGUAAAAACAACUUGUUCAAACCUGUCAAAGCUUUCUUCAAAAUUGGUGAAGGCAAAGGAUAUCUUCCCUGGAAAUGACUUGGUGAAAAAAAGUUGAUGAAGUUUUAGGAAAGGUGGUAGCUAGGGAACCAUCAAUUCUAAGCCAAGAUGAAGAAUUCUUUGGCAGUGAGGAUUUCCUAAAUGCACUUGCACAAGCUGAGAAGAAUCUGAUGCAAGGGUCUGAAAAGCAAACAACUGAGAAGCAAAUGACUGGGAAGAAAUUAACCAAAAAGGGAAAGGAAAAAGAACAAGAAUAUGACAUCAGAAAAGCUUUCAGCUUGGGGUUGACUCCACCUUCUCCAGCCAUUGAAACAGGGCCCACCUUUUCAACACUUGGUGAUAUAAUUGAACAACCAAUAAUUUCAACAAAUGCUGGAGAAAAGGAUGUGGGUAAAACUUCAGCAGCUUCAGAACAAAGAAUUGAAGAAUUUUCUAGAACUGACGCAGCAACUGGUUCAAAACUUGAUGCUGACACUAGGUCAGAUAAUGAAGGAUUGCCUAGAACAGAUGCAGGAUCUGGUUCAGUGGUUGAUGCUGACCCUAGGUCAGAUGGUGGUGAAAAAAGUGAUGAUCCAAAAAACACAGUUGGAGGUGGAAAACAAAACAAGGAAGAUGUUUUUGAAAAAACAAAAAAUGAUGAAAAAGUGGAGGGUGAAAACAAGAAGAUUGUUGCUUCAUCCUCAAAAGUCACAAAAAGGUACAUUAUUUAUAUUAAGUAAAUGUUCAAAAAUAAUAAUGAACAUUUUCAUAUACCUAAAUGUACAUUUGUGUUAUGUAAUAUGACCAGGAAUGAUGAUAAGAAAAAGUCAAUUGCAGAAAAGAAGAAAAAAACUGAAAAGGAAAAGGUUGAAAGGUAUAAUUUCAAAUUUAUUUAUAUACACUCAAAUGUUCAUUUAUGUUCCUCAUAAUUUUCUUAAUUUAACAAUAUUUUAUAUUGAACAACAAGACCAAAACGCGAAAAGAAAACACUUCCUCCUGCUUUCCGAUCUCCUUACUUGGUCA